AUGAUUCUUCCAGUUAUAUUUCAUAAUCUUCAAGGUUAUGACGCACAUUUGUUUAUAAAGCAACUUGCUUGUUUACCAGGUGAUUUAAACUGUAUUCCAUCAACAGAGGAAAAAUAUAUUUCGUUUUCGAAAAAGAUUAAAGUUGCUGAGUAUAAAUCUAAAAUUACUGGAGAAAUGGUUUCAUUGAAUUUUGAAGUACGAUUUAUAGAUUCACUAAAGUUUCUUCAAUCAUCACUUGCUAAUCUUGUUGGAAAUUUACAACCAGAAGAUUUUAUUAAUACAAAAAAAAUAUUUAAGAAGAAUGUAGAUUUACUAACUCGUAAAGGUGUUUAUCCUUAUGAUUAUGUUUCAUCUCUAGAAAAACUAUCUGAAAAAAAGCUACCUCCAAAAGAAGAAUUUUACUCCUACUUAAAUGAUGAAGGUAUAUCAGAUGAUGAUUAUCAACAUGCUAUUAAUGUUUGGAAUACUUUUAAUUGCGAAACAAUCAGAGAUUAUCACAAUCUUUACUUAAAGUCUGAUGUUUUACUUUUGGCAGAUGUAUUUGAGAAUUUUAGAAAAACUUGUCUCUACCAUUACAAUCUGGAUCCAGCACAUUAUUAUACAUCUCCCGGUCUAGCAUGGGAUGCUUGUCUAAAAGAAACAGGUCAAGAAUUAGAACUAUUGUAUGAUUAUGAUAUGUUAAUGAUGUUUGAGCAAGGUAUUCGUGGUGGUAUUACUCAUAUAUCAAAAAGAUAUUCAGAAGCAAAUAACAAAUAUAUGAAAGAUUACAAUCCUGAUAAAGAGUCUACUUUUAUUCAAUAUUUAGAUGCUAAUAAUCUUUACGGUUGGGCAAUGUUACAAUCACUUCCAACACAUGGAUUUAAAUGGAUGAGUGAUUUAACAAAAGAAAAUGUAAUUGAUAUUUUGGAGAAAACAAAUCAUAGUAUGAUAAAUCCAAGGAAAGGUAAAGGAUAUAUAUUUGAAGUAGAUCUGGAGUAUCCUGAAAAACUAUGGACAUCACAUAAUGACUAUCCUCUAGCACCUGAGAAAAUGAUUGUUAAUGGUGUUGAAAAGUUAAUUAGUCAUUUUAAACCCCGAAAGAAUUAUGUUGUGCAUUAUCGUAGUCUUAGACAAUGUCUUGAGUUGGGUAUGAGAAUUACUGCUGUUCAUAGAGGAAUUUCAUUUUAUCAGUCUCCUUGGAUGGAACCUUAUAUAAGAAAGAAUACCGAACUUAGAAAGACAGCAGCCAACAAUUUUGAGAAAGACUUUUUCAAACUAAUGAAUAAUAGUGUUUUUGGAAAAACAAUAGAAAACAUAAGAAAAAGACAAAAUAUACAUCUUAUUGAUAAUCGUAAAAAAGCUGCAAAAUUAACAAGUCGUCCAAACUUUGAAAGAGCAACAAUAUUUGAUAAAAAUCUUAUUGCAGUACAUAUGAAAAAGACUGAAAUUUAUUUUAAUAAACCAGUAUAUGUUGGUCAAGCAAUUCUAGAUUUAUCAAAAACACUAAUGUUUAAUUUUCAUUACACAUACAUUAAAGAGAAAUAUAAAAAUAAAGCAGAA